AUGGUCCUGAAGGUGCUUGUGGGGUCUUGGUGGCAUCUGGAGACGUUUGGGCUCAUCCCAAGCCCCCGGGGGAUGGUCCUGAUGGAGCACAAAGUUCUCUUGACGGGCACCCCGCUGCAAAACACGGUGGAAGAGCUCUUCAGUCUUCUGCACUUCCUGGAACCUUCUCAGUUCCCUUCUGAAGCAGAGUUUCUCAAGGACUUCGGAGACCUCAAGACGGAGGAGCAGGUGCAGAAGCUCCAGGCCAUCCUCAAGCCCAUGAUGCUCCGUCGGUUGAAGGAGGACGUGGAGAAGAACCUGGCGCCCAAGCAGGAGACCAUUAUUGAGGUGGAGUUGACCAACAUUCAGAAGAAAUACUACCGGGCCAUCCUGGAGAAGAACUUCUCCUUCCUCUCCAAGGGUGCCGGUCACACCAACAUGCCCAACUUGCUCAACACCAUGAUGGAACUGCGCAAGUGCUGCAACCACCCCUACCUCAUCAACG